AUGUGCGAAGGUCGCCGGGCAGGGCGCGUUGGGCACUGGGAAGCAGGGCGCGCUAGCGCGCUGGGCAGCGGGGCGCGCUGGCGCGCUGGGCAGCGGGGCGCGCUGGCGCGCUGGGCAGCGGGGCGCGCUGGCGCGCUGGGCAGCGGGGCGCGCUGGCGCGCUGGGCAGCGGGGCGCGCUGGCGCGCUGGGCAGCGGGGCGCGCUGGCGCGCUGGGCAGCGGGGCGCGCUGGCGCGCUGGGCAGCGGGGCGCGCUGGCGCGCUGGGCAGCGGGGCGCGCUGGCGCUUUGGGCAGCGGGGCGCGCUGGCGCGCUGGGCAGCGGGGCGCGCUGGCGCGCUGGGCAGCGGGGCGCGCUGACGCGUUGGGCAGCGGGGCGCGCUGGCGCGCUGGGCAGCGGGGUGCGCUGGCGCGUCGGGCAGCGGUGCGCGCUGGCGCGUCGGGCAGCGGGGCGCGCUGGCGCGUUGGGCAGCGGGGCGCGCUGGUGCGCUAG